GUUAUUGGUGAAAACAAGGCGCACAGGGGAAAAUUCCCCGCCCAUUUCUUCGGGAGAAACAAACCUGUAGCUCAAAGUAAAACCUUCCUAAAUGCUCGUGAGGUGAUGGAGUUUGUGGCACUGAAGCCCGGUGAAUACCUGAUUGUGCCGUCCACCUUCCACCCCAACGAGACAGCUUCUUUCAUCCUGACCAUCAUCUCCAAGGUGGAAACCCAUGUCCAUGAGAGUUCUGGUGUCUAUCCACAGGAAUCGAUGGAAACAAAAAAGCUCAAACCAGGAAAAGACAACAAAGAUGAAGAAAAAAAGAUAUCUCUGUUCCGCCAGUUCUCUGACAAGUAUGAGGAAGUGGAUGCAGAGAAACUUCAGCUGAUUCUCAAUGACAGAAUCCUGAAAGGAGACCUUAAAUCUGGAGGUUUCAGCACAGACGCCUGUCGCAGCAUGGUGGCUCUCAUGGAUGUAUCCUUUUA